AAGCAUCAGUUAAGCAGUUGAAGUAACUACUCUACCACUACUACUAUUACUACUACUGUUAUUACUACUGUUACUACUACUAUUCACGACCUACCUCAACACUACAACAACAAACACCACAACAACCACAACAAUGCCAAACUACCUCAACUCCAUGGCCGCCCGAGCAAAGGCCCACCACGAGAGCCUAAACGCCGCCUACAACACCUACUACGGCGGCUCAUCAACCACAACCUCUCCCUCGACCUCCCUCAACGCCUCCCGCAACACGUCCGUCACCUCCACAAAAGCCGGCUCCACGAACGCCUCCAAGGCCUGGAAGGCACUCAAGCAACACCACCAUGAAAUGAAUGCUGCUUUCGCUGCCUACUACAGCCCCGGCCACACCCCUUCCACAUCCCGCAACUCAAGCACUACGUCCAGCCCCCGCCACAGCGGUGAGGCACCCCGGAAGAGCGUGCAGACCCAUGUCUCUGUCACUGCUGCUGGAGACGAGCAGAAGCCAAGGAACUACCAGAAGGUGUGGAAGGCGCUCAAGACCAAGGUCGUGGACCACCACAGGAGUGUUAACGCUGCUUACCAGCAGACUUAUGGUGCACACAGGAGGUGGUGAGAUGGGUUCCUUUUUUGAAGAAGAGAAGAAGAGGUUGAAAGAUGUAAUGGAAGGGAUUUAGGAAUGUGGAGAAAAAAGUGAGGACAAAAGUGACUUUUUGGGUGCGAUAUACCAGUUUUUUAGGGGGGAAAUAGAUGGAUAAUGGGCGUUUUUUGGACAACAAAAGUUUUUGCUUGGUGGGAGUUUUGAAUGGGGGGAGAAGGGGUAAUACUAGAGUUAUUAGGGAUGCAAGAGUUGAUAAUAGUAUAUUCUGCUAUAAAGACAUUGACUUUGCACUUGUGA